AUGUUUCAUCCAAAAUUUCAGAAGACAGAUAAGGAUUAUGAAUGUAAGGUAUGUGGGAAAGCAUUGAGGAAGCUUUCAGACCUCUCUAGACAUGAAAGAAUUCACAGUGGAGAGAGGCCCAAUGAAUGUAAAGAAUGUGGGACAGCAUUUCGUUACCCCUCCAAGCUCGCUGACCAUAAAAGAACUCACAGUGAAGAGAAGCCCUAUGAAUGUAAGGAAUGUGGGAAAGGAUUUCAUCAUCCCUCCAACUUCUCCAUACAUAAAAGAAUUCACAGUCUAGACAGGCCCUAUGAAUGUAAGGAAUGUGGAAAAGCAUUUAGUCAGCCUUCAAACCUCUCUAAACAUAAAGGAAUUCACUGUGGAGAGAGGCCCUAUGAAUGUAAGGAAUGUGGGAAAGCAUUUAGUUGGCCCUCACAGCUCCCUAUACAUUUAAGAAGUCACCACAAACAUAGGCCCUAUGAAUGUGAGGAAUGUGGUAAAGCAUUUACUCAGACCUCCAACCUCAAGACACAUAAAAGAAUUCACAGUGGAGAGAGGCCAUAUGAGUGUAAAGAAUGUGGGAAAGCAUUUAAUCACACCUCACACCUCUCUAAACAUAAAAGAAUUCACAGUGGAGAGAGGCCCUAUGAAUGUAAGGAAUGUGGGAAAGCAUUUAUUCAGACCUCACACCUCUCUAAACAUAAAAGAAUUCACAGUGGAGAGAGGCCUUAUAAAUGUAAGGAAUGUGGGAAAGCAUUUAGUCACACCUCACACCUCUCUAAACAUAAAAGAAUUCACAGUGGAGAGAGGCCCUAUGAAUGUAAGGAAUGUGGGAAAGCAUUUAGUCAGACCUCACACCUCUCUAAACAUAAAAGAAUUCACAAUGGAGAGAGGCCCUAUGAUUGUAAGGAAUGUGGGAAGGCAUUUCAUCGACCUUCCAACCUCACUUCACAUAUAAGAGUUCACAGAGGAGAGAUGCCAUAUGAGUGUGAAGAAUGUGGGAAAGCAUUUAGUCGCACCUCACACCUCUCUAAUCAUAAAAGAAUUCACAGUGGAGAGAAGCCCUAUGAAUGUAAGGAAUGUGGGAAGGCAUUUCGUCGACGUUCCGACCUCACUUCACAUAUAAGAAUUCACAGUGGAGAGAGGCCAUAUGCAUGUAAAGAAUGUGGGAAAGCAUUUAGUCACACCUCACACCUCUCUAAACAUAAAAGAAUUCACAGUGGAGAGAGGCCCUAUGAUUGUAAGGAAUGUGGGAAGGCAUUUCGUCGACCUUCCAACCUAACUUCACAUCUAAGAAUUCACAGUGGAGAGAGGCCAUAUGAGUGUAAAGAAUGUGGGAAAGCAUUUAUUCACACCUCACACCUCUCUAAACAUAAAAGAAUUCACAGUGGAGAGAGGCCCUAUGAAUGUAAGGAAUGUGGGAAAGCAUUUAGUCAGACCACACACCUCUCUAAACAUAAAAUAAUUCACAGUGGAGAGAGGCCCUAUGAAUGUAAGGAAUGUGGGAAGGCAUUUCGUCAGGUCUCAAACCUCUCUGAUCAUAAAAGAAUUCACAGUGGAGAGAGGCCCUAUGAAUGUAAGGAAUGUGGGAAAGCAUUUAAUUGGCGCUCACAGCUCCGUAUACAUUUAAGAAGUCACCACAAACAUGGGCCCUAUGAAUGUGAGGAAUGUGGUAAAGCAUUUACUCAGACCUCAAGCCUCAAGACACAUAAAAGAAUUCACAGUGGAGAGGCCCUAUGA